UUUCGAUUUAAAAAUCAGUCCGACUUUCGGCAAAUAACGUCACGUGUAAGGACCCCUACGUUGGAGCGGAUUUCAAAUUUUCAAAACAUCCUCGGUCAGGUGCUUGUUGUUUUGGUGCCAGAAUAAGUGUUUGGAGCGCUUUUUGAUUGUAGGAAACGAAGAUAAGUAUUGGAUUGCACGAAAGUGCAUAUCGCAAGUUGCUUUUUUAAGUUAAGCUUAUUAGUCGACUUUAAAUUUUUGUGUACCGUCAGAAAUAGAUUUAAUCGGCAGCUUUUAUUUUGAUGUUAGCUCGAUAUCGCUUGCUAACUAGCUGGCUACCGUUAGUGAGCUAGCUAGUUAUGGAGGGAGGAGAUAAACCUGACGGUUCUGCUCUGUGUAUCAGUUCGGUACAUGAAGCUCCCAGGGCUCCAACAAUCGAGGACUUCGUCGUAUUGAAGCCUGUCAGCAGAGGCGCCUUUGGAAAGGUUUUUCUAGCACGAAAAAAAUGCAACUCAAGACUUUAUGCAAUAAAGGUGGUGAGAAAGGCGGAUAUGGUCGACAAAAAUAUGACAGAUCAGAUGAAGGCCGAGAGAGAUGCACUGGCUCUCAGCAAGAGUCCCUUCAUCGUUCACUUAUUCUAUUCUCUUCAGACGGUCACCAAAAUGUAUCUGGUUAUGGAAUAUCUUAUUGGUGGAGAUGUUAAAUCACUUCUUCACAUAUAUGGCUAUUUUGAGGAAGACAUGGCAGUGAAGUAUGUGUCAGAGGUGGCACUUGCUUUGGACUAUCUGCACAGGCACGGAAUCAUUCACAGAGAUCUGAAACCAGAUAACAUGCUCAUCUCUAACGAAGGACACAUCAAGCUCACAGACUUUGGCCUCUCCAAAGUCAAGCUUGAUCGAGAGUUGAACCUUGUGGAUAUCCUAACAACACCUUCCUUAGUGAAGCCAAAACAAGAUUAUUUUCGUACUCCUGGUCAAGUCUUAUCAUUGAUAAGCUCCCUUGGUCUUAACACCCCUGCGGUGGAAGGCAAACGUCACAGCAGCACCUCGGCUGUGUCCAGCCCCAUGUCCUGCAGCAAAGUGGACCAGUGCAGGAGGUCCUUCAUCUCGCCUGUGAUAAUGAGGCAGAAGGAGCACCUGUUCUCCCCCGUGUGCUCUGAGCGAAAGCUCCAUGGGAGUUGUUACCCCCACCACAGCGUGUUCAGUCCUGGUCUUCUGGCCAGGAGUUUGACCCCGAGGCUCCUGAAGUCCCGGAAGAGGAUCGAAACCUCAAGCACCAGCAGCCAAUCCUGUCUCUUCCCUUCUACGACAGAGUCUGAAGGCUGUGUGAGCCCCCUAUGGGAGGACGAGCUGGAAAUGGAAGAGUUGGAAAAUGUUCCUCAUCCACACGGGAGAGAUACAGGUGGCAAAGUGGGCAAUCCGUUUGCUGCCUCUAAGCUACCCGGGGAAACGGUGGUUCAGGAUUUUAGAAAACCUGGCCGUGAUUCGGCUCUGGCCCCGCUGGACAACCUGGACCUGAGGUUGCGCCCUCAGAGGGGGUCACUGGAGGAGUCCUCCAAAAACAAACAGGGCGACCCAGAACGUUCCCGCCCCUUGCCUUGGAAACCCGCCCCGCUCAGCAACCCAGCGGGGAAGUGCUCAUCUGCCGAGGCUGUUCACCGCUGCUCCUCAGUCGCCCAGCCAACGGGCGAUCAGCCGCCCGCCGAGGCCACUUCGUCUCUGAAAAGGGGCUUCGAGCAGGUGGAGAAAAGUCCCGAGGGCGGCGACGGCGUGGCCGAGGAGAGCGACGGCAAGCAUAAGCGGUUCUGCCGGGCCCCUGCUGGCGGAGCCUCCGCCUCCGCCCGCACCGGCCUGACCGGGGUGUUCGCGGCCGUUCAGCUCGACGGCUUCGGGGACGGGGUGCCGCCGGCCAGGUCAGCCCCUGUGGCCAAGAACCUGCUGAGCGAGCUGGACGACCCGUGCAGGGACGGCGGGGGCGGCGGCGCGGGGGCCAAGGCCCACUCCAGCCCGGCCUCCUCGCCCGAGGACGACGGCAGCCCCAGGGGGAGCCUGAGCCUGGACUCGGACGGCUCGCUGCAAGACAUGUCCGUGGUCUCCAACGGCGACCGAGAGGUCCCGCAGCUGGACGACUCCCGGAAGGGCGGAUCGCUGUCGUCGUUGUUCGAGGAAAUGGACGAGGGGAUUGGCGGCCCCACGGUCGGGCCCUGGAAGCGCACCCCGAGGGCCAGGGCGGGCGGGGCCGAACGUGAACGCUCCCUCGGGUUCCGCCCUUUGCAGGCGAGCGGGACCGUGAGGUCUCCCGCUCUCCUGAGGCCGCGGAACGUGGUGGCGUUCAGGAGUUACUGCAGCUCCAUCAACAGGUCCAACAUGUCCGCCAGCUCACGCCUCAGCCUGGGGUCAGCCGAAGUGAUGGACAUAUCCACCUCACCCUCCUUCUACAGUCUCUCGGCAACCAUGACUCCCGUGCAGAAGCGCAAUCCCAGCUCCACCAGCUCUCUCCUCCAGACGCCGCAGCAGGCGACCUCUCACACCCCUUUCAGGACGCCGAAGAGCGUCCGCAGGGGCCCCGCGCCUGUGGAAGGGGGGGCCGUCCUGGGUACACCAGACUAUCUGGCUCCAGAGCUUCUCCUGGGCAAGCCCCACGAUUACAUGGUGGACUGGUGGGCACUGGGUGUCUGCCUGUUUGAAUUCCUGACCGGCGUGCCUCCAUUCAACGAUGAAACUCCACAGCUGGUGUUCCAGAACAUUCUCAACAGAGAUAUCCCGUGGCCAGAUGGUGAAGAGGAGCUGUCUCUUAAUGCGAGGAAUGCGAUUGAGAUCCUUCUCACCAUGGACAAGACCAGGAGAGCUGGCCUGAAAGAGCUGAAGGGCCACACCCUCUUGGAAGGCCUGGACUGGGACAACCUCCAGAAUCAGGCCAUGCCCUUCGUCCCUCAGCCAGACGACGAAACGGACACUUCGUACUUCGAGGCCCGGAACAAGGCGCAGCACCUCGCCCUUUCAGGGUUCAGCCUGUAGAGGAGCGCCACUGGCCUUCCUCCCCAUUGCCUUCCCAGCAUCCUCUGGAUUCAACUGUUCAUAAAAUCAGUGGUAAGCCAGACAAGCUUUAUCAAGAUUGUCAAGGGAAAUGGAGGUUUUCAAGUCUCAUGCCUGCACUGUUACUAUUGGCAAGCAAAAAUAGUGUGCAAGAGAGAUUUUCAUUAUGAUUGAUACAAAUUAGGAUGGGUGCUGAAUAUAAAAAUAUUAAAAUGUAUGUAUAAUGAAGUGUCGUUGCUUCAAAUAAGUUGAAAAAAUUACCAUUUAAUAUAUACAGGCACAAAAAUUAUCUUGUACAAGUUCAAAAUAUUGUGAUUUUGAAUGUUGUAGGAAAAGGACACUAGCUAUUUUGUUUUAGGUGUAAAAUCUGCUUUUCUUGUGUAAAGUUUCUGCUUGUAUUUAUACAUGUUCUGUAUGUUACCUAUGCGUUAUUUUUAAAUGUGUGACACGUUUGAAAGUACCUUUUGAAUAGGCCUUCAGUAAUGUGACUUGCAGAGUUUGUUACUGCUGGUGGCCAUAUUCAUGAAAUGACCGCCAUGAUUAACUAUUAUGUGCAAUUCUUUUAUCUCCUUUUCAGUUUUCAGUUGAUUGAUCCGUUUCUUUGAAACGUGUUGAGGAAGUAAUGUAAAAUGGGCUGAAUACGAUUGGGUAACCAGUCUAAGGCUCAGUAUAAAUCACAUUGUGUAUAGCGUUUUUAUAUCAUUAUAAUCCUAAUAUGUGCACAUCCACACUAAUAAGACUGGUUGUCUGCAAAAGACUGGUACAUUUCCAUUUUCAAAUUUUUUAAAACCUAUUUUCAUGAUGGAAAAACUGGUGAAAUUGAAAAUAAAACAUGCCAAACAGAUGAGAUUUAUCAAGACUGAAACAAAUUGGAACAUAUUUUUCAGGAUACGUGUGUGUGUGGUGGGGGGGGGGGGGGUGGUAAAAAAAAAUGUAAAACCAUCAUAGGAUCUGAAAAGUAUGCAUGUAAUUACUGUGCAUGCUACAGAAAGCAAAAGCCCCAACACAAAUGAUGUAUUUGGUAUGCACUAUUGGUGAAAUGGGAAGUGGGUCUAAACACUGGAACUGGGAGUCUGACAGGUCACAUUUGAGAUCAUAACCAAUUUGGGGGUCAGUAUUGACCUUGCAGAAGGAAAUGCAAGUCUAAACCAGUGUUUCUGAAAACAAACUGCAGAGUAGACUUUGUACAGCUAUUGCCUGUUUUGGCAGUUAUUUUUUAAUCAAUACAAACCAUCAAAAGAAAAAGCCUGUGAAUUACGCUGACCACAGCCUGAGGUGAGCGUUGCAUGUGCCGUUUGGCAAAGGAUGUUGACUCCUGGGGCUCUUCCUGAUAGAACAUUCUGCACGGGGGGCUAUUAACUACUGAAAAGCACAAGAGGUGGAGCACAGCAUUGCACUUGGCACCCUCUCCCGUGAUAAAGCUCCACUGUAGGGCACCCCCAUUCCAGAAUCACUGCGCAUUUAUCUGGAGAAACCAGAUUACUAAUCUGGGAAAAAUCUUGAUCCUUGAAAUUGAUUAUGCCCCUUUAUGUUUCCAUAUGCUUAUAUAAAUAUUUGAGCGUUUUAAGUCUUCAUAUUUAAGUGUUUUUUCUCCCCUCGGUUUUGGUGUUAAUUUUAUUUGUUCUGUGUGGGAAAUUUUACAUACUUUCAAAAUUAAUAUAUGAUUUAUACUAGUUUACUCAGUAGAAUUUUCUUGAACACGCUUAUUUAAUGCAGAAAAUUAGCUGUGUCUGGGAGAAUGCUGUGGAAGCUGUCCUGUAAAGGCAUUGCUCUGUCAUAUAUACUGUUAAUUGAUUCUUACUAUCACCUUCUUUAUAUCAGUAUGAACAAAAAAUCAAACUGGUGGAGGGGGACACUCCAAUGUGAUUCAGAUUCAUUAAAACCUUUAACAAUUAUUAAUA